GAAGAUCUUCUUUCAGCCGCCCCAAUUUAUCGAUGGCGAGGUCAUUGAAAACGAAAACUUCUGGGAGGGUACCAUAAGGGGAUUGGACACAAACGGCUUCCUCAGGUUCCGUGCGUGCCGUCCUAGAGAUCCCGAGAGCCCACAAUACAGGACACAUGAACAGGCUAUAAAGGUCGUGGAGAAAUCCAAGAUCUCAGAUCAGAAUGACCGGGUCAACUAGGAGAAGAUCUGGGUGCUUUUUGAUCCAUCGCUGUCUGUGGCAAAACUGCGAGUUAAUGCAGCCAAUAAUUUGGCUAAACGCGGAUCUUUAAACGCAAUUUUAAAGCAUUUCAACAAAAUGCUUAAAAUGCCUAAAGAGGACCAAAUGCCUGAAAAAGACCAAGUGCCUGAAAAAGACCAAGUGCCUGAAAAAGACCAAGUGCCUGAAAAAGACAAAGUGCCUGAAGAGGACCAAAUGCUUGAAGAGGACGAAGAGCCCGAAGAGCAGACUAAUAGGUCCGACAAGAUGGACAAGUUGCUUCGCCGACGCCUCCAAGGCGAGAUCCUUCAAGGGGCCUCUCUGACCUCACUCUUGCCGGGCUUUUCGUACGCCGCGGAAAGCCCGGGUCCAUCUAGCUGGGAUGAACUUCUCGCGCGCCCUGACCCCCAGCAGGAUUCCGAGUAUGGCUCCUACCUACCCGGAUUCUCCCUCCAGCCUCGCGGUCAUUGUGGCCAAGGCAUCGAGGCGGACGUGUCGAAGCCAAGCUUUAAAGACAAGCAACUUUCUCCUGCAUUCAAUGCCGUGGGUGCCUUUUAUAAAGAGAAAUGGAAGAAUCCAAAUCUCGUGGAUAUCAUUCUUAGACCUAUCGGAAAGGAUCUGCCCAAGUUCAAGGAGCUCCUUUCUAACGUCCCCUUGAGCGUGCUGCCCAUCCUUGGUUUCCCGGGGUCUGGCAAGACGAACAUGCUUGCUACGAUUUUAAACAUGUGUUUGCAGGACCCGGAACACGACAGAAUCAUGGCGUGUGCUCCGACCCAUGUUGCCGUUAGCAGCCUCGUCGAGCGUAUAGUACGGCUGAAUAAAGAGGCAGUCGACCACUACAACAAAAAUUACCGAGGUUCUCAGUGUUCAUAUGCAAUCAUUGUCCAUGUCACCAACGUGGAUGUGAAUAUUGCAGCAUUUAUAAACAUGGUCCGAUCUGGUCGUAAUGAUACCUCUGUUUGGGAACCCUUGAAAUCGGGCACUAUACGCCGAUGGUUCCACGAAAACUCGCUGUGCGAGUGGGCGUUGAAGGUAGUCUGCUAUAAGGGCUGGGGUCUCGAACGUAACGAUGACUCGGCCCUCUAUGCAAUCCGCUCGCGUCUCGAGGAGGAUGAUAAGUGGACCAUGUUUCUGUCUUGGGUUGACGGAGAGACGAAAUGGGAUGCGCUAAUGAAGGACUCGAACGAGAAGAUGGCGGCUUGGGAGCGAGAGUUCGGAGAGGAGCCUGAGGCCACCCAACCCCCUAAGCCGCUAUCGCCGAGGGGAUUUGUGAGGAAAUUGAUGGAGGAGAUCUGCCUUGCAUCACACGUAGUCGCCUCUACAACCCAUGGAAGCAAGGACAAUCCCGUGGCGAAAUUCAACCGCGACAUAGCCAAGAUGACUGCAUUGGACGAGGCUGGCUGCAUGGGCAUUGCCGAAGCGUGCGUCCCCUGGAUUGAUGGCCGACCUGUCGUGAUGGCGGGAGAUCCACGACAACUCCCUCCUACGGCCAUGACUGCAUUAUGGCGCGUGGACGGAAAGUAUGCGAACAUGUUCGCACAGAUGGGCAAGAUUUCUGUUCUGGAGCAACUCAAAUUGAUAUGUUGGCCGUGCUUUGUCAUCAACCGUCAGCGUCGUAUGGUUAUCGGUGGAUUUGAUUUAGUCUACGAGUUGUUUUACAAGGAUGUUUUCGAUUUCUCCUACGACGAGGACCUCUGCGCUAGCUCCAAUCACACAAUUGCUAUCAUGGUGGAGAAUUGGCUUGCGAAGUUUGGUCUCAAAGCAAACUACGAGAAGUUCUGGCCUGUGUUCUUUCACUGUGAGAACACUUCUUGCUAUGUUGACGAGUCCGGAUCGGCAUUCAAUCCCGGACAAGCAGCACACGCUCGAAAACUAAUCUCCGACGCUAUAACAGCCAAGAUCACUACUGCAAAAAACUUUGUUGUUAUUGUUCCAUAUAACGCCAUGAAGAAGUAUAUGCAGGAGCAAUGGAAGUCGGACCCAUUGCUCUCAACUAUCCCCAUCAGUACCACAGAUUCUUUUCAGGGCAACGAGAGUAAUAUUGCAGUCUUCAUUAUGACUCGCACGAGCAACCCGGGAUUUCUUAAGGAUGCACAGCGGCAAUGUGUAGCUUUUACCCGACACAGAGAUGUUCUUUGGGUUGUUGGUGACAAAGACGUCUGUGGUAGCUUGGAUGCCCCCUAUGAAUCUGUCAGGCCGAAGGUAAAAGGUACCGAGUAUGCUGAAGAUGGAGCGGAAGCUGUGUACACGAGCAAAGCACUUCGACUAGCGUUGGAGUGGUUCCGUGACCGUGAUCGCAUAGUACACCUGACGCCUAGAGAGAUAGUCACAACUACACAUGAGGAGAUGAUGAUAACGAUGUAGGGGUAGAUGGUGGUAAUGGGGUCGGAGUCAUGAAUUUACUUAUGACGAUGAUACGCAUUGGUGAGAUGGUGGUGUGGAAUGGAUGACAAUGCUCAAAACUACCUCUUAA